GACAGUUUUCUUAUGAAUCAGCACGUUGACGGGUUGGUGUUGUAUUGUCUUCAACAUCCUCUUCGACCGACAGAGUCUGCAAAGAAGUCGACUCAUAUGAAGCCUCAUUUCUCUUUCUCCUCGAUGAAAGUGUGUGAAACAUGCCGAUGAACAACAACCAGAGGGUAGAGAGUGCAGCUGCCCGGCUGGCCAAGCUGCCGCUGGUUCGCUCAGUCUGUACUCAGCUGUCGGUGUUGUACACGGACACUAAACGCAGCCACCCCAACCUGAGGUCCGCGUGCGAGGGGCUGGAGGGCCGCGUGACGGCCGCAGUCUCACCUGUCGUCGUUAAACUGGAGCCUCAGAUUUCCAUUGCAAAUGACCUUGCAUGUAAAAGUCUCGACUGGCUGGAGACUUCGUUCCCAGCGCUUCACGCACCCACAGAGCAGAUUGUUGCCACUGCCAAGAACAAGAUGCAUGAAAUCCAGGAUGCGGUGAGCGUUGCAGCUAAUGGGACUGUGGACUGCGUACAGUACACGGUCACAUGGCUUAUGGGCAGGACACAGCAGGUUGAUGACCAGGCUGGCGAGCCCCUUGUGGAGAGAGCAAUCGGCGUGGCCAGCGUGGGACUGGACUCUGCUCUGAACAUGUCGGAGGCUCUGAUGGACCGAGUGCUUCCUCCCACUGAAGAAGACAAAGAAGAAGAAGCUCACUUGCUGGGGGGAUUUGAGGUGGGAACACCCAGGAGAAGUUACCCUGUGCGACUGGUUUCACUCGCUGCCAAGCUGUACAGGAGGACCUCCCACAUGGUCAUAGAGAACUUGUCCAGGCAUCCAGGUCUGGUUCAGGACCUUCAGACCAGCUGGCAGACCUUGGCCUGGAGCAUCCACGGGCUGCCUCAGUACAUGCAGCAUCAGCUCGUGUCUUUAUUCUUCUUCAUCUCCCAGAUGUAUAACUUAGGCUGCCCGCCAUCCCAGCACAAUCGCUCUAACCAGGACAGAGGUUGUCUCAAUGUCUCGGAGAUCUCGCCUCACAAAGACGUGGUCCAGGCUCUCCCACAAGCUCCACCACCCACCUGCCGAAAGAGGAGGCCAGCCAAGUCGCCUGUGUUUGACAACGGGUGUAAUGUCAAAGGAUGUGGUCAUCGCUGAUACUGACUGCUGCCCCACAGCUCCUUGAAGAGGGGCAACUGAAUAUCGGCUUGAAAUAAAAGUUUAAGAUUCAUGA